UCCCUCCCACGGAACCGACUGCGGACAGCUGCGUUUGCUUUCCGCCUGGCCUGCCGCUCACCAUGCUGCCCCCGGGGGCGCUCCGCCGGCCCCUCGCCGCCGCCGCCCGCCUGGCCCAGGCCCGGGCCCGGGCCCGCCCUCAGGCACUCGCAUCCCUUGCUACAGGGCCCAGACAAAAUAAUAGCAUUUUCUAUGAAAUUCGCACAUAUGAUAUUAAGCCAUCAAAGAUGAAGGAGUUUGUGGAAAUGGUCAACAAGUACUUUCACCUUCGCACAGCUCACUCAGAGCUGGUGGGAUUCUGGUCUGCAGAGCUGGGAGCAAUGAAUAAGGUUAUCCACGUUUGGAAGUACGAUAAUUUUGCCCACAGAACAGCAGUCCGGCAUGCACUAGCCAAUGACAAAGACUGGCAGGGAAAAUUCAUUUCCGCAGCUCUCCCCUUGAUAGAAAAACAGCACAAUGAGAUUGCUUAUCUGGUACCCUGGUGUCAACUUGGGAAGCCUCCAAAAGAAGGGGGAGUAUAUGAAUGGGUUACUUUCCAGAUGAAGCCUGGUGGGCCAGCAUUGUGGGGUGAAGCAUUUCGAGCUGCAAUCAAUGCUCACAUCAACACAGGCUACACCAAGCUGAUCAGUGUUUUCCACACAGAGUAUGGAUUACUUAACACAGUCCAUGUGAUCUGGUGGAACGAGAGCCCAGAUCACCGGGCAGCAGGAAGGCACAGUGCCCAUGAAGAUGCCAGAGUCGUAGCAGCUGUGCGGGACAGCGUCAGAUUCUUGGAGUCCCAGCAAAAUGUGCUCCUGGUUCCUCUGCAGUGCUCACCGCUGAAGUAACCUUAUUCUAAAGGUUAUGUAACUGAUAGCAGAAAGGACGAGAAGUGCUGUCAGCAAGUGCCAUCGCAUGGAUCAUACUCUCAUGAACUGAGUUGACUGUUCUUCAGUUUACAAUAAAUGUAUGCAAAAUGCUGAUCACUAGCAAUGUACAUCUGUAAAACUUUGCACCAACAGCAAUUUUUAAACAGAAGUUUAUGGUGAUGUCCCUACAUAACCAGGAAAAAGAACUUGACCCAUAGCACUUAUGGCAUGAACCACACUUCACCUAUCUUUUAUUUUAACCCCAUAGUUCUUAAUGCGUUUCUGCAUACCUAGGCCAUUUAUCAAACCUAGCAAGCGCUCUUUUCCAACACUAGAGCUCAGGGCUGUUACAAUUUUCGUAACAUACUUUGGUGCCUCUUGUAAUUAUCACACCUUGGCUAUUGCAUACUGGUCUAAGAAGGAAUGCCCUCAUGUACUUGUUACCCAGUCAUGUUUUAAUCAGACUUCUCAUUGAGAUGCUUUGUAUUAAUUCUGAGUAAUGUAAAGCAUCAGUGUGGCUGGAUUUGCCCCUAGGAGGUACUGCAGUGAAGCUGGUCAGAUGGUGGGUCCCAAUAAACUCUGCCACAAGAAGAGCAUCUUGUUAUAGUUCACUUCAGCCUUUCCUUUUUUGUUCAGUAAACACUUCCCCAAAACUGUGUAUUACACACCUAAUGCUUUGCCUUAGGUAUUUUAAUAUUUGAAAUUGAUUAGCCCUUCUUGUUCAGCGGUAUAGCCAAACUCAGCUGAUCUACACACGCUCACAUUCUUUGAAAUACUUUUUGCCAGACUGUUAAAAGCCAAAUAAAUUUGGAUAAAGCA